UUUCAUUUUAUGUCUUUUGAUCUUUGGGUUGUUUUUGAAUAACAAUGAUGGGUCGAGGAAUUAUGCUCUUUUCGCUUGUUGGGUUGUUCCAGUUCUUGAUUGUAGAAGCAGCAACAGACUCUCAGGAUUUUGCAGUUUUGAGGUCGUUCAAGACUCAAUGGCAGAACAUUCCACCCAAUUGGGUCGGCUCAGAUCCUUGCUCAGAAGGUUGGGAAGGAGUUGUGUGCACAGAUUCACGCGUUUUUUCCAUUCAAUUAUCUACCAUGGGUCUGAAAGGUCAGCUUUCUGGGGACAUUGGGUCUCUUACUGAGUUACAAACUUUGGAUUUAUCAUACAACACGGGACUGACUGGCCCCCUCCCACCAUCAAUUGGGGGAUUGAAGAAGCUGACAAACUUGAUCCUUGUUGGCUGCAGUUUCUCUGGUCCAAUUCCAUCUGAAAUAGGAUCUCUGCCAAAACUAGUCUUUUUAUCUCUGAACUCUAACAGCUUCAAUGGAAAUAUACCUCCUACCAUUGGCAGUCUGUCUAAUCUAUAUUGGUUGGAUCUAGCUGAUAACCAACUUAGUGGCAGCAUCCCAGUCUCCAAUGAGAACACCACUGGUCUAGAUAUGCUAACCCAUACCAAGCACUUUCAUUUCGGCAAGAAUCAGCUGUCUGGCGCCAUCCCAGAUAAACUUUUCAGCUCAAACAUGAAGCUGAUACAUGUGCUCUUUGAAGAUAACAAAUUUACUGGAACUAUCCCUGCAACUCUUGGACUUGUGAAAACUCUGGAGGUUCUACGUCUUGACAGGAAUUCGUUAAGCGGGAAUGUCCCAACAAAUCUCAAUAACCUUACUAGUGUUAGCGAGCUUCAUUUGUCCAACAACCACUUUGUUGGCCCAUUUCCAGAUCUAAGUGGAAUGCAAGUUCUCAAUUUUAUGGACUUGAGCAAUAAUACUUUUGCAGUGUCAGAUUUUCCAUCAUAUUUCUCGACCUUGAAGUCCUUGACCACAUUGGAGGCGGAGAACACAAAUCUUCAAGGACUACUCCCUCCGGCUUUGUUUGUGCUCCCACAGUUACAGACUUUGAAUCUAAAGAAAAACCUGCUCAAUGGCUCCCUGGAUAUCGGCAGCAGCUUCAGUGACCAAUUGGAGCUUAUUGAUCUGCAGGGUAAUUCUAUUACAGGUUAUGUUGAAAGAGGUGGUUACCAAAACGAGUUACGACUCAUGGAUAAUCCAGUUUGCAGAGGAUCAAUGGGAGUCGCAGCUAAAUUCUGUCAUCUUCCAACACACUCAUCUCCUUCAUAUUCAACUCCUCCUAAUAAUUGUGUACCUAGUCUCUGUACUAAUGGCCAAAGCAGCAGCCCUAACUGUGAAUGUUCAUACCCCUACAGUGGUACCCUAUUCUUCAGGUCCCCAUCCUUCUCAGACUUGGGAAACACCUCAUAUUACACUUCUCUCCAGAGUGCACUUCUGCGGUCAUUUCAGACACACGACGCUCCUGUGGAUUCGGUUUCUCUUAGUAACCCAAGGGAAGAUGCAGAUAGUUACCUUGAAGUGAGUCUGCAAGUCUUUCCAUCUGAUAAACAAAGUUUUGGUCGAUCAGAGAUUGCCAAAAUGGGUUUCUUGCUCAGCAACCAAACGUUCAAACCUCCAAAAACCUUUGGACCCUACUUCUUCAUAGCCUCACAGUAUGGAAACUUUGCUGAAUUGGUGUCACCUGGUGCACCAAAGAAAAUGAGACUGUGGAUUAUCGUUGGAGCAUCAGUUGGUGGAUUUAUACUCCUGGCACUGAUCUUUAUAGGAAUAUAUCUCUGUUGUAGAAAGAGAACAGUGACAACAGUUAAUGAACACCGGGAUGGUUCUGAGCCUUGUCAUUCUGGCGCUACAUCUUGGGAUCCCACAAGAAGUGUUGGUACUUUUCCCCAGCUGAAAGGACCAAAGGUCUUCUCUUCUGAUGAACUUCGGAAUGCCACAAACAACUUUUCCAAGGCCAAUGACAUUGGCUCUGGAGGUUAUGGAAAGGUUUACAGAGGAACCCUUGCCUCGCGGCAACUAGUUGCAAUUAAAAGAGCUCUGCCACGAUCUUUACAAGGUGAUAAUGAACUCACAACCGAAGUCGAGCUUUUGUCAAGGGUUCAUCAUAAGAACCUUGUGAGCCUUGUGGGUUUCUGUUUCGAAGGCAAGGAACAAAUGUUGGUGUAUGAAUUCGUUCCAAAUGGCACUCUGAAAGAGAGCCUUUCAGGGAAAUCUGGAGUCCGGUUAGAUUGGAAUAGGAGACUUAGAGUUGCUCUUGGUGCAGCAAAAGGUCUUUCCUAUCUUCAUGAUCUUGCAAACCCUCCCAUAAUACAUAGGGACAUUAAGACAAAUAAUAUUCUCUUGGAUGAACGUUUAAAUGCAAAGGUUGCUGAUUUUGGUCUCUCUAAGCCCAUGCCUGACAGCGAAAAUGGUCAGAUUGUCACCCAAGUUAAGGGGACAAUGGGAUACUUGGAUCCUGAAUAUUACAUGAGCAACCAGUUAACCGACAAGAGUGAUGUUUACAGCUUUGGAGUUGUGUUGCUGGAGUUAUUAACUGCACGAGUUCCGUUAGAAAGAAACAGAUACAUUGUAAGUGAAAUAAGGGCGGCGAUGGAUAGGGAAAGAGAUCGAUAUGGUCUCAGUGAGCUACUAGACCCAGCCUUAGGGUUAACAAACCCGUUGAAAGGAUUGGAACAAUUUGUGGAUCUAGCAAUGUGGUGUGUUGAAGAAACUGGUGAUGAACGUCCUACAAUGAGCGAGGUCGUAAAAGAGAUUGAAAGAAUAAUGAAGAUGGCUGGAAUGAGCACGAAAACUGAUUAUGCAACCUCAGGAGCUUUUGAUACUACAAGUACGAGGAGUUAUCAUCCUUAUCACAAUAAUAAUGUAGCAUCUUUUGAUAACAGCGGUGCUUGCACACCUUCAAGAGUUGAUCCCCAGUAAGAUCCACUGUAGCAAUUGGGUCGCUUCUUUCCUGUAGCGGGAAAUUUGAAAUGUGUGAUUUCUAUAAUACAUUGUGCAGAAUCAGUUAAUUGUCAAGGAUACAUGGUUCUUCUUGCUA